AUGGUUGUUACUACUACAAUUGCAUAUGUUUGCGUCGAAGUUGUUUUAGAAGAAAAUGAAAAAAUAGAAAAAACGAUUCAUCAACAUACUGUUGUUAUUAAAUCAUCAAGUGAACCAUUUAUUAUAAAAGAUGGAGAUGAAUUUCCCUUUCAUAUUUCUGUUCCUAUUGAUUUACCUCCAACAAUCAAAAAUGAUUGUGUAUCAAUAGAACACCGAUUCAUUGCAACCGUUGUUAAAGCAAAAACCACUUCAUUUUUUAGUCAAAAAAAAUUAGAAGAACAUAUUAUUGUUGAUAUGCUUUAUCCACAUCUUAGUGGGUUAUCAUAUUUUACUAAACGACAUGAAUUUUCUGCUGAAGGGUAUUCUCUGUCUGUUAAUCUUGAAAGAGAUAUAUAUUCUCUUGGACAAAAUCUUCGUGUUAAUUAUUUGUUAGAAGGGUCAGCAGAAAAAGAUGUUCAACUACCGUUACUGAUGUCGUUAGUAAGAACAUUUACAAAUAGAAGUACUGGUGAAAUGGCUGUUAUUACAAAACAUGAUGAUCAUAUUAGAAUUAAUCAACCUAUUUCACUUGAAAUCACAGUCCCAAAUACAAUAUGUCCUACAGUAAAAUCAGCAAUAUCUGAAGUUAAUGUUGAGUACUCUCUUAUAGUUUCAGUUGAUAUGUUAUCUCUUUGUUGUAAGAGAAUUCAAAUUGAAGGAAAAGUUCCAAUUCUUAUUACUGAUAUGCAGCAAUGUUCAAAAUCUAAUUUUAAUGAAAUUGGUACACUAAUUACUCCAAAUGAAUUUAAUGAAAAUUAUAAAGAACAAUUAAAUUCUGUUUUAAAUAAUUAUCAAAUGGUAUUACAGACAUUAUUAGAUAUGAAAUUUUAUAAAGACUUUGUUGUACCUGACUGUCCUAAUAGGAGAAUGUUUAACAUCAAUCAAUAUAUAUCAUUAGUUAAAGAAAUUCUUGAAUCGAUUCUUUCAUUUGUUAUAAAUCAAGCUACAUGGAGAGAUUCUACAACUCUUCUCCCUAAUUAUUGCAACAUUAGAAAAAUGACAAGAAUGUUUCAAGUGGCUAUUCAUUUUUCAGUUAACUUUAUUUUGUUAAUUCCACCAACAGCAUUACGUACUUCAAUUUAUGUUAACUGUCUUCAAACAUUAAAUUGUUAUCAAAAUUUAUUAUAUCAUCUGUAUAUGAAAAAGAAAUCAAUAGAAGAAAGUAUAGAUGAACUUAGAAAAUCAAUAUCACAUUAUUUAGAAUGUAUUAUUGAAGCAGAUGAAGAUAAAUGGGUUGUAGAAUUAGAUGAAUUUAGAAAAUGGUUAAAUGGUUUGAGUUUAGAGUCUAUUCCAAUAAAUACAACAAUACCUAAAGAAGAUAUAAUGAAUCAGUUAAAACCAUUAUUUCAUGAAGUACCAAAUCUACUCUAUAAUAUUAGAAUGGCAUGUGAUACUGUUUCAUUAGAAGGAUUAAAAGACUUAAUAACUAUAUUUAAAACAAAAGUAAUUAAUUUUAUUGGAUUAAUACAAGGAUUAAUUACGGAUGAACAUUCAAAAGAAUUUCUUAGAUGUCAAUUUAUUAAUUUUAAUAGUGGGUUAGAAUCAUAUAUUGAAAGAGCAGAAGUAUUAAGUUUUGAACCAACAUAUCGUACAGAAAAAUAUUGGGAUUAUUCUAAAACUGUUUUAUCAAUGUGGAACAUUGUUUCUAUAGUUAUUAAAGAAAAUCCAAUCAAUAGUAAUAAUGAUUAUUUUCUUAUUUAUCAAUGUAGUAUGGAAAAUGAUAAUUUUGUUAUUAGGGAUGAGAGUGGAAUAACUGUUGAAAAUCCGUGUAUAUAUUGCAUUUAUAAAGAUGGUUUAUCUAAAAUUAUUAAAGAAGGAAUUUAUAGAUUAAAAACAAAUUAUAGUGAUUUUAUUGAAAUGCACUCAAAAGAUUUCUUAAUGGUGUUUAGUAAAUUUUUACAUUUAUUAUCUGCUUCAUAUCUUCAUCCAAAUGUUUUUAGUAAAUUUGUAAAUCAAUUUCAGAUUAAACAACGUGAUGUUCAAUUAUUUAAUCCUUUAAAAGAACUUUUUAUUCGUAUAGAAAAUUUUAUUCAAAAAUUAAUUAUAUUUUAUAGAAUUAAUACCUCUAGAGAUCCAACUUCAAUUGUAUAUGACGCAUGUCAUGCACAAAAAAGAGUUGUUGAACAAUUAAUGGUACUUGUAAGACUUUGUCUUUUACAUGGUCAAAUUUAUUCUCCAAUUUACGUACAAAUGAUUGAUGAAUUUCAGAAAUUCAGAGAAAUGGUAUAUGGGUUAUUACUUCGUCAAUUUCAUCGUUUAAAUGAAGAAGUUAAACAUUCUAAUGCAAUCGAUGAUGAAAUUCAAGGUUCAUUUUUUGGUGCAAAACAACGACAAGUGGUAUAUACUCUUCUUUUUGAAGAACAUGUUGAUUGUUCUGAAAGUGCUGAUAUUCCAAUUCAAAUGAAAGAGUUAGAAGAAGAGGUAGUUAGUAGUGCUGAGUAA